AGAAUUUAGAGAUCAUAUAGUAUAUUAUUAAAUUAUUAUUAUUAUAAUAGCAUUAUUUAUUUAUCUUAAUUAUCCGUUUAGUAGUCGUAUAUCGCUAUACUUGCUGUUCUAUCGAUCUCGCUACAAGGCUCUAUACAGGAGUUACUAGCAUUUUAUUAUCAAUUACUGGCUUAUUUACUGCCACUAGCUUUGUCUUCCUCUCCAAACUCCUGCUUGACGUAUCCUUGCUCCAAUGCAAAUCUGAAGCUGUUUAUUAACGCAGUGAGUUUCGUAAACGCUUCUGAAUAGCCUUCAUCUAUCUCUAAACCCUCUGGUGUCUGCUUAGCGUGCUUCUCUACAAGCUCCUUCAGUUGAUGAACCGCUUGGAAGGGAUCCGUAGUGUAUUUGUUAUCAGUCAACCACUGUCUAACUUGGUUGAUAUCUCCUGGCGUUGGUGCGUUUAUUUCCUUGCGUUCUUCUUCUCCACUCAUUCUUGAAUGUUACUCCGAUACCACGAUUUAGGCGUAUGCAGACAAAAACACCUGACGAUAUCUACAACAACUUUAAAACUCAAGCACGGGAGGCUAAACUAGCAAAAGCGAGAGAGAAAGAGGAAGCUGAAAGGAGAAGUUUGGAAGAAGCUAAACGCAAAGCAGAGAUUGAUAUGCCUCCACCAUUCAUCGCAUACUACCAUAAAGGGGGUGGUUGCUCAACUGGACGCAGCUGUGCAGAACUUUCCUUGGAUCGCUUAGCUUUCUUUCUCGUAAUGACUAAUCAACGUAGUUGUGGUUUCAACUUUUGGAAUGGCUUCUUAGCUAUAAUCUUACCACCCGUUUCUGUAGCAAUCACCACAGACUGUCAGAAUAAUGGUGUAGUACACGUACUUCUCAAUAUCGUCCUCUGGAGUUGUCUUAUUCUUCCGGGAAUCAUACACGCCUUCUGGGUUCUCCUCAAAUGGGAUGAACGUUUGCUGCAAAAGCAAUCGCCUGAGGUUAUUUACGUUCAGCAAGCACCAACGAAUCAACAGUCUAUCACCCCUAUACAGCAAGCACAAAGCUCACCGGCACAUAAAGCUGUACAGCAGCAUCCUCCAGACGCUGAAACUUCUCCAUCAGGUCAUAAAAACCCGCAGAAACAAGACCAACUUCCGAACUACAACGACUCACAACGUGAAGCAAUCGUAUAG